GUUUUAAAUGGACUUGCUUCGUUCGCUAGCAUAUAUUUUUGUUUUUAAUUCGCCGGUGAAAAAAUUUCGACAGUUUUUGUGAAAGUGGUUUAAGAGGAAAGUGCCUAGUGAGAUAAAAAUAGAACUCCUUCAAAACCAAAAAUGGACUUCGACUUUGAAGCCCAGGACGUGAUAAACGAGGGCCGGACCUCCCAGAAGGCAAUCGAAGAAAUUAAGACUUUCAUAUCCAACAACGAAGAUAUUCCGACAAUACCCGACCAAAUGAUCGUCCUGUUUCUUUUGUCAUGUCGAAACGACAUAGAAUUCACAGAGAAAACUAUCAAGGCCUACUACAAAUGCAAAAAGAACGCACCGGAGAUUUUUGACGACAGGGACAUGAGUAAAGAGGAUUUGCAGUUGGCUUUGAAAACAGUAAAAAUGGCAAGUGUUCCCAGAAGAACAGAAGAUAAUCACACAGUGCAUGUACUGAAAUUGGACGACAGUAAUUAUGGCAAUUUUGAGUUGGUACCAAUUAUGAAGGCUUCAUACAUGUUACUGGACGUAACGCAGCAAGUAAAUCCCCCAGAUGGACUCAUCGUUGUUAUAGACAUGAAACCAUUGCGGCUGAUGCACUUAAUGAAGCUGAAAAUUGGAGCAAUUAGAAAAUAUAUCACUUUUCUUCAAGAAGGAUUUCCCAUCAAACUGAAGGAAAUCCAUCUUUUGAAUGCGGUUUACUUCGUUGACAAAGUUAUGAAUAUCGUAAAAAGUUGUAUGAACAGUGAGCUGGUGGAUAUGUUAAAGAUUCACCAAUCAGAUAUAGACAUGAACGAAUUUUACGAAAAGCAUCUGUCAUCCAAAUACCUGCCCAGUGAUUAUGGUGGAGAACUACCCAGUGUAGAUAAAUUAGCCGAGAUAACGUUAGAAAAACUAAAAAAUAGGCAAGCGUUUUUUGAUGAGGAAGAAAGAAUAAGAAAAGAAAUUUGUAAAUAAAUAAAGUGCUUUUAUAAU